AAGCCUCGUCGGAUAUCCAUCAUAGCUGUUUUUAAUUUACUCAACUUCCAAACUCUCUCUCUCUCUCUCUCUCUCUCUCUCUCUGAGAGCGCGCACGCUUGUUUGUGGUGUGUAACUACGUACGUACAAGCAAUCUAGCUAGAAAAAUAUAUAUGGGUUCUAAUAGUAGCGGAUUUGUGGUGGUCCUGAAGCGGAAGGAGGUGGUGGCGGCGGUGAUACCAAUGCAAGAGCACUGGUUGCCCAUGUCCAACCUAGAUCUACUCCUCCCUCCCCUGGACGUCAGCGUUUUCUUCUGCUACAAGAAAACCCCCACCAACAGUGAGGGGAGCCUCCUCAAUAUCGAUAAUACUCCAGCUACCGCUACAAUGCAUGCUCGCGAAAGCAAUAGUACUAGGGUGAGCACCCUCAAGAAAGCCCUAGCGCAAGCUCUCGUGUCCUUCUAUGCCUUUGCCGGAGAACUGGUGGAGAACCGCCUUGGCGAGCCCGAGCUGCUCUGCAACAACCGCGGCGUCGAUUUUGUUCACGCUUGCGCGGAUGUGGAGCUCAAUGAACUUGACCUACAUCGCCCGGAUGACUCUGUCCAUGGAAAGUUGGUCCCUUUCAAGAGCCGCGGCGUGCUCGCCAUUCAGGUGACAGAGCUAAAAUGUGGAGGCCUUGUAAUCGGAUGCACGUUCGAUCACAGGGUAGCCGAUGCCUACUCAGCCAACAUGUUCUUCGUUGCCUGGGCUCACAUCGCUCGUAGUACUCCAAAUGCAUCACCAACAAUCCCGUCUUUCAGACGCUCGGUUCUCAGCCCAAGACGCCCGGGUCACUACCACCCCUCCAUCGACAAUAUGUACGUCUUGAUAUCAUCUCUACCACUUCACAGUAACGCAAAAGAGCCCGAACGUAAGGAGGAAGACGGUGGUGACGGCCACCUCCUGAGUCGGAUCUACUACGUCGAUGCAAAGGAAAUCGAUCGUCUGCAAUCGGAAGCGAAUGGUAUGAAUUUGGUUAAUGGUGGUAAGAGGAGAAGUAAAUUGGAGGCAUUUACGGCGUUUUUAUGGAAGCUUAUUGCGACGGCGGGUGAUGAUAUCUCGAAGAGAUGCAAGAUGGGGGUGGUUGUUGAUGGGAGAGUGAGAUUGAAUAACAUGAGCAGAGGACAAGGAUAUGUUAAUGGAGACGGGGCUGAUUAUUUCAUGCAGAAUUACUUCGGCAAUGUUCUUUCGGUUCCCUACGGCGAGGAAACCGUGGGCGAGCUCAAGGCAAUGGAGCUGAGUCAAGUCGCAAACAUUGUGCACGAAUGCGUGGCAGAGGCCACGAAGGAGGAGCACUUCCUCGGGCUGAUCGAUUGGGUGGAGUCGCAUCGACCAGAACUGGCAAUUGUCAAGGUAUACUGCAAAGAGGAUACCGAUGAAGCUGCGGUGGUUGUGUCUUCGGGACAGCGGUUUCUGGCGACUCGGGUGGACUUCGGGUGGGGUCCGCCGGGUUUCGGGUCGUACCAUUUCCCGUGGGGUGGGCAAACCGGGUAUGUUAUGCCAAUGCCAAGUACAAGCCGGGAUGGUGAUUGGAUUGUGUAUAUGCACCUCCUUGGAAAACACUUGGAUUUGGUUGAGUCCAAGGCAGCCCAUAUAUUUAAGCCCUUGAGUCCUUCCUAUUUGGACUUGUAAGUAAGCUUGUUGUAAAGUCUGAUAAUUAUGGGUUUGAAAAAUACUUAUUUUGUACCAUAUCUAGCUAAUGCUUAAUAAUUAUGGAUUUGGUUUUGGUUUUGUUUUC